UCAAAGUGACAUUUAAUUUUUCACAAUCAUAAUUUUCAAGACUAUUUUUGUUUGAAUAAAAUCCUACGAGUAUUAAAAAGGCCAAGAGAAACUAAGAAAGAAGGGAAAUUUUUGGUGAAGCUUUCUAGGGUAGCUGCUUCCGAGGAUCGUGCAACGCCGCGUUUGACAAAAAAAGGAGCGCACAUCUCGUCACUCGUGUCAUUUCGCCUUUCUGUUCGCUUUUGAGAACGAGACUUCCAUUGAAAUUCUUUUGUGGCUCUCGUGGGGUGAUUUUUGUAAAACAGUAAAAAUAAAUUUUUGUAUGAGUCAAAAGGUAGAAAAACCAGUCCUAUCCGGUCAACGCAUCAAGACCAGAAAAAGAGAUGAAAAAGAGAGGUAUGAUCCAAUUGGCUUUAGGGACGCAAUAAUCUCUGGACUAGACAAAUGCGCUAACGAUUUUGAAGGGAUCUCACGUUAUUUGGACGGCGCCGGCAACAAACUAGACUAUAGACGCUAUGGAGAGUGUCUGUUUGAUAUACUCAUCGCUGGAGGAAUCCUUGUGCCGGGGGGUACAUUGUCCCAGGAAGGCGAUGGCCCGCAUCAGACGGACGCCUGUAUUUUUAACGCCUCGGACGAUAUCAAUAUGGAGGAAAUGAAGAACUGGGAACAGGUCUUCAUUAAGCUAAUGCGACGCUACAAGUAUCUCGAGAAAAUUUUUCAAGAUGAAAUAAAGAAGAUUUUAAUGUUUGUAAAGUAUUUCAAGGAGACUGACCGUAAGAAGUUGUCUGCGAUGUUGGCACUGUGGAUCUCGAAUGGAAGUGUGCCUUGUAGCACCGUGCUCGUUCUCAAUAAUUCUCAUCUCGUCAAAGACCAUCUCGCAUUGGACUUCCUCAUUGACAUAUUCAAAUACUGGCGAACUGAAAGGGGCUCAAACUCGCUGAUGUCGGCUAUUAGAAAGGCCAACUUAGAGCAGCAUUUUGCCUCAUUUAUACCUGACACCAAACAGUCUCAGGUAUAUUUCAGAAAUGCCUUUCAAGACAAUGGCCUGGAAGAAAUCCUUAAAUUGUAUGAGGAUCAGCAUCAACAGGCUGCUAAAAAGGAAUUACAGACUAUCUUGGCCGACGCCCUGGCCGAAAAUAAGCCCCAACGCGAUAUAAUUUCAGAAUUAAAAGAAAUUACUUUAAGGGACAAUAUACAGGAACAUGAAACAGUCUGCAUCAUUUGGACUACUGUUAUGGAUAUUCCUGAGUGGUCUAAAAAGGAGGAGCUGGUCACAGAUCAAGCCGUCCGCCACCUAAAACAGUAUACCGUCCUGUUCUCGGCGUUUUCGCAGGGUGCGCGUGCCGAAAUCUCCCUCGUAUUAAAAGUACAAGAGUACUGCUACUCGAACAUGACCUUUAUGCGCGCCUUUCAGAAGAUCAUCAUGCUCUUCUACAAGACAGAUGUCAUUUCGGAACAGACUAUAUUGAAGUGGUACCGACAGGACUACAACGUCAAGGGGAAAAUGAUGUUCGUCGAUCAGAUGAAGCAGUUCGUAGAGUGGCUUCAGAACGCGGAGGAGGAGAGCGACUCUGAGGACGGGGAGAGUGACUAGAGCAGAAGAAGAAGAAGAAGAAAAUAUCAAUCACUACAGUAAAAACAAAAAAAAAAAUAUGUAAGAAAACAAAAAUGAAGAAAGACAAGAAAAAAACUUAGUGCCACCCCGAACAUACCUACCAUAUAAAACACACACUUUCACAUUCAUUGUAAACAAGUGCAGCAAAGCGACGACGGUAACAUUUUUUCCAAUGUAUAUAACCCAUUCUUAAUAUAUAAAUAAAUAUGUAUAAACAAUCUGGUGCCUUAAAUGUGUUGGGUGUGCGUCUCGCUCAAGGCAGGUGGCAAUUUCUUAUUGUGCAUUAUUGAUUGAAUGAUAAAAAAAAUUAAUUGACCCGUUAUUUAAGGUGCAUCGGAAAAAAUGGUAUUUGUAUCCAGCCAAUAAUAAGUCGAGAAAUCACGUGCAUAUAUAAUGAUGGUUUAUCGUCAAUUUUUUUAAUAUACAAGAGGAGAAAUUUUAAGUCUUUACGUUUCUUUUGUUCUAGUUAGUUGUGUUCUUUUGUACUAUUAUUAUACAAUAAAUAUUUUUACAGUUGUA